GUCAAAGCCUUUAUUUUGAUCGGAGCACAUGGCAGUAAGCGCUCAUCCCUGUGAGAACGUCCGGCGAGCAGCCACAGGUGGAGUCAGAGUUGACGCGUACUAUUACUGAACUGUGCAAAUCUCUUUAUGCAAAGUCACUUUUGUGCCUCCUAAAUUAAGUUAGAGACUUGCUUGUUGACGCAAAUAGUCCUCAGGUGGAGACUGCGACCCACAGCCCUGUGACGUAGCACUUGUCUCGGUUCUCAAGAGUGUGUGCCGGACUGAUCAAUGGCACUGACUGUGGACUUGAUUGGUCCAUCGCCAUGGGGCUUCAGAAUAGUUGGAGGAAGGGACUUCAAAAAGGCCAUAACUGUAUCGAAGGUCAACGGAGGCAGCAAAGCAGAGCAAGCGGCUCUCAAACCCGGUGAUGUCAUCUUGGCCAUCAAUGGGGAAAAUACUGCUGACAUGCUAAAUGCAGAGGCCCAGAACAAAAUCAAGAACUCCAAGACCCAUCUGCAGCUGACGGUGGAGAGGCUUGAACACUCCAGCCCAAAACAGACAAAUGGCAUCAGCACCCCUGAGCAGCUUACCGGGCGCUUUCAGGAAGCUGUAAUAGUAAGUCGAGACGAGAACCAAAACUAUAGAGAGUACAGCAUAUCCAGCCCUGCAUCGCUGUCACCUGUGCCGUAUUCACCACAACCUCCCGAGAGUCCUGAUGGCAAGAAGGAGAGAUUGACAACCACCACCACCAACAAGAGUGUUCAGAUUCGCUCAUGGUCGCCAGAGGAGAAGAGUUAUAGACUGUCCAGGCCACUUUCACAGGACUUCUCUCCUUCAGACUACAGAAAUAGUUCUUUGUCCAGCAGAACCCCGACCCCACCGGGACACAACUCACCUCAUAGUGCCAUUGAUCAGGAUGUGCACAUGUCUCCUUAUCGCAGUAAUUCAAGCUCUGAAGUUGUCAUGCAGAAGUUUGACAAGGACUCUGAGGUGUACAAAAUGAUCCAGGAGAAUAGGGAGUCUCGCACAGCUCCUCGUCAGUCCAACACAUUCAAAAUGCUGCAAGAAGUUCUGGAGGCCGACGAGAAAGAGGCUGCAUUGAAGUUCCCAGGAAAGUUAUCGCCCAAUGUUCCAAAGCCAAGCGCACCCGUGGGAGGAGUCAGCAAAUACCACAUCUGUGAGAAGUGUGGCACCAGCAUUGUCACACAGGCCGUGCGCAUCGUGGACGACCGCUUCCGCCACCCCGAGUGCUACACGUGCACAGACUGCGGGCUGAACCUCCGGAUGAGGGGUCACUUCUGGGUGGGCGACGUGAUGUACUGUGAGAAGCACGCCAAGGAGCGUUAUCAAGGUCAGGCCAGCUCGCCGCGGUCCAGCCUGUCCCCUCGCCAUUGAGUCUUACCCCACUGGCUGCCUGACAUCCGCCUCAUCGAACCCCCUUACGGACAAUUGGCACGUGGGAAGGGAUCAACAACAUGGCAGAUUAUUUUUUUUUGCUCAUUUCAUUUAACAGUGUUUGACGAUACUGUAUAAUCCUUCACUUACUUAACUUGCUUUUCUGACAAUUUGGGGAGGUUUUCGAUAUAGCUCACAGUCACUGAUAAUUAUCAGCUCUAAUAAUACGCCUUCCACGAGUCCGCGAUUACUGAGGUGACUGUACUUUACCAACAAACCAAAACCUUACCAUUUCCAAGAUUCUUUUUACUCUUCAAGAUCUGGAUAAUAAUUGAUCAAAUAGUUUGCUAAUACAAAGGGACCAAAUCCGACCUACACUGCAUCCCAUGCAGUCAGUAUGCAAUGUGUGUGCUUGCACUGUGUGCGUGUGUAUGUGAACGAGAGGGUGAGAACAAAAAGUGUGACGUUGACCAUUAGAGAUUUGAAUGAUUUUGAAUAUAUAUAUUUUUUUUGCUAGACCAGCAACGUUUUCUACGUCUCUUUGUAAACAGGAUUUAGUAGGAGAAAACAAAAACAUGUACAGUAUUUGCUGACUUCUUUUGCUCUUGUGUUGCUUAUGAGGGUUUUUUCAACAUACAAAGAUUUUGGAUGUUUGUGUGAUUGAACUGUAUUCUAUAAUAUAUACAUACAAUUUUCAAUGCAUAAUGUAUGCACAAGACAUAGAGUGUCAAAAUAAAUGAUACUGUAUUUGCCCAGUUACAGCAGUACUCUGCAUGUGGCACUUAAUAAAUUGCACAACUUGAA